AUGUUCUUCUCAUCUUCUCCUCGACCCCGACUCAACAUAAUUUUCAAACACUCUACACUUUCUACUCAUUUUCGGCACAUCUAUUCAAACGCAAAACAACGGGAUAUCAAGAAAGCGAAAGGAGCCGCUGCCAGGACCGGACUUGCCCUCCACCGAGCUCAAAAAGCCGAGACUUCGUCGACAAGUUUAUCUACCUCGAAGACGCGAAGGAGUACAACCAGUACGCGCUGUUCUGGGCGGCGCAAAACGGCAUGCUCAAGGUGGCAGAGCGCGCUCUGGGCGCGGGCACGCCGCCGGUGCCACCCGGCGGCUUCCCGUCGCCUCUACUUCCAAUCUCACCUUUGCUCACGUCUGACGGGGAAGUCGACUCCUAAGGGUGAGGUGCCAGCGCACGAGAAGAAGGACAUUGAAGGGUUCCUGACACCGCUCAACGUUGCGGCCGCGGCGGGGCCACCACGACGUCGUGGCCCUGCUGCUGCGGCAUCUUGGGAGGAUGGGGCACAAAGAACUCGAGGUGUCCGUUAA